AGGAGGAGCGGAACCAAAAAAGCAAACGGCGGGAAAAAGAGAAGAAAGAAAAUAUAAAUAGCUUUUAAAAGCGAUCGUCUCUAGUUAUAGAAAUCAAAUCAAGAGAAAAAGAGAGAGAAGGAUAAGAGAGAAAAAAGUUUAAAAAAAUCUCUCUAUGCUUCUGUUUCAGCUUCAGGUUUCGCCAUUAUAGAUCAUCGAAGGUAAAGGAGGAGCUUCGCGAGGGAUCUCUCUGUUCACACAGAGAUCUGAGGGUUGAAGGCUUGAAGCUGAACCACUACUUACAGAUAGCUGGACUUGAAAGAGAAUUCCUGCAAGCCGCCAUUAAAAUGUGAUUCUCAGUUGCAGAUAAAGACACAUUCUUGGAUUAAAAUUGGAAUGAGAUCUGUUGGGUUCUGUUCAUGGCUAUUUAUAAAACACCACUCUCAGUACUGAGGACAAGGGGAAGAAAUAAAUAAAGGAAAUGGAGAGCAGCCGAAGCAAUAGUAGUAAUAGUGAGAGGUUCAAUGAGUUCAUGGAGGACUCUUGUUGCAAUCAAUUCUACAUGGGACCCAAUCCUUGGAUGGCCCGGUAUGUCUAUGGUUUGAUUUUUCUGCUUACGAACUUGUUGGCAUGGGGGAUAAGAGAUUACGGUCAAAGCGUCCUGACAGAGAUGGGGAGACUCAAAGGAUGCGAAGGUGGUCGUUUCUGCUUGGGUACUGAAGGUGUACUGCGCAUUAGCCUGGGCUGCUUUAUAUUCUAUUUCGUAAUGUUUCUUUCAACGGCUGGCGCAAAAAAGUUGAAUGAGCGUAGAGAUUCAUGGCAUUCUGGUUGGUGGUCUGCCAAGAUUGUUAUGUGGAUUGCAUUGUUAGUGCUCCCUUUUUUUGUUCCCUCAGAAUUUAUUGAUCUCUACGGUGAGAUUGCACAUUUUGGCGCUGGGAUCUUCCUCCUGGUUCAACUCAUUAGUGUGAUCAGUUUCAUAAAAUGGCUGAAUGACUGCUGCCUAUCAGAGAAAAAUGCAGAAAGAUGCCGCAUCCAUGUAAUGUUGGUGUCAAGUGCUGCUUACGUUAUUUGCUUCGUUGGGAUCAUCCUGAUGUAUAUAUGGUAUGCACCUCAGCCAUCUUGCCUGACCAACAUCUUCUUCAUCACCUGGACACUGGUACUGCUACAACUCAUGACCUGUGUCUCUAUCCAUCCAAAAGUGAAUGGUGGCUUCUUGACUCCUGGCUUGAUGGGGCUUUACGUGGUUUUCAUUUGCUGGUGUGCCAUUAGGAGUGAACCACCUACAGAGAAUUGCAACAAGAAAGCAGAAGCAGCAGCGAGGGCAGACUGGCUUACAAUCAUAAGCUUUAUAGUUGCAUUAAUUGCAAUAGUUAUAGCAACAUUUUCAACAGGCAUAGAUUCUAAAUCAUUUCAGUUCAGGAAGGACGAAACAGAAGCUGAAGAUGAUGUUCCAUAUGGCUAUGCAUUCUUCCAUUUUGUUUUUGCCACAGGAGCCAUGUACUUUGCAAUGCUGUUGAUUAGUUGGAAUGCUCAUCACACCAUGAGAAAGUGGACAAUUGAUGUGGGUUGGACCAGUACAUGGGUCAGAAUUGUCAAUGAAUGGCUAGCAGUUUGUGUUUACAUAUGGAUGCUGGUUGCCCCACUGAUAUGGAAGAGCAGAUGGACCAUGGAACAUAUUUAAGUAGUGAGAAAACAAAAAUCAUUAUUCUUUCUUUCUUCACUCAGAUUCAUCUGAUGUACAGAAAAGUCUAAUCAAAUAAGCACCUGCUCAUUUCCUUGAGGGUGUCAAGAAGUGCCUAUCAUCUGCUUGUACCAGUAAAGAACCAGUUGCUUACACAAGACUCAGGCCGAUGCAACAGAAGUUAACUUGUGCUUGCUUGUGCCUAGUUAUUGAUGCUGAAAUAGAAUAUACAGAUUCCUCCAAAUUACUUGAGUUAGGCAUCUUCAUCUGUUAUGCACUGUUGAGAAUAUUCUAAGGUCCCAAAGCAUGAUAGAUUCCUGUUUUCCCUUUCAUCAUCAACUACAAUAAGUGGCUUAUGGAAAACACAUACAUUUUCCUCUGCAAAAAAUGUAUUGUAUUUCAGAAGGAAAUAGAAAACUGAAAUCUUCUUAAGAUGCAAUCAUAUUAGGGGACUAUAGUUGAUUCAGUUGCGCUUUCUAUGGUUGGAUAGGCUUGACUCAGUCUGGAAACUCAAACCGAGAAGAACCAAGUCCAAACAUGGGUGAUGGCCUAUUUAGAGAUAUAUAGGAAUUUAUCCAUUAAUUUGGGUUUUUUUUUUUUUUUUAAUUGAAAAUCAUUAUUUUAUUUUAUUCCUAUUAGCAGUCAGUAGGUUGGAUUGGAGUUUGUUUCGAACUUACCAUUGUUUCAGAGUUUAUUUAUGAUUUUUUUUUAAUCUCUCUUUUAUAUAUAUGAAUGUAACCCAAGAUGGAAAGUUACAGAAUGGAUUGAAUAAAGUGAGUUUCAUGUGCUUGCUGCUGC